GUUGUUUUUCGUUUGCUUUACGUUCGCUUUUUAGGUUGCUUUUUAGGGCAGGAAAGACGGAAGGAGCGUCGGGGCUUUGGUUGGGGUUGGAAAUCACGUUUCUGUGUUUUGUGUUGUUAGCUGGCUGGCUUUGUCUCUUUCUCCGCGUGUCUGUUAGUUACCUUUCACGAUCACACGUAAACAGCAAUGCAGAACGGAGUGUGCGUGAGUGUGUGUUGGGGUCAGAUUGAGGAAGGCAGCACCGCGGAUCGGUGGAUGCUGUGCACUCCCGGCAAGCGAAUGCAGUGAAGCGCGAGCGAUAUCUGUGUGUAUGCGUGUGUGUUUGUAAGUGCAAGAGUGCAUGUGUGACAACGACAGGAAUGUGUGUCCCCGCGUGUCCUACAGCGGAAGGAGUCCAGAAGCACGAAAGUGAAGCUUUUUGCGUAAGUGAAGUGCAAGUGUUGUGUGUGUGUGCGCGUGUGGGAGAGCGAAGUGGCGCGCGCGGAGUGUUGUAGGUGUUUAUUAGUAAAGUGGUGCGUUGCGUGCGUGUGUGUAGGUGCAGGGCGCGCAUGGAAGUGUAGCAAGGGGUUGGUGUGUAGAGGGUGAACGUAAGCGCGGCGUGUUUCGAAAGGAAAGCUUGCAGCACAACAUAUUAUUUCUAAAAAAAAAAUCAUACCAUAUCGAGGUAUUGUGUGCGGUGCAGGGUGUCGGUUCGUAUGUGUGUGUGAGUGGUGAAAAUUUGGUCUCGACUCGGAAAGCGCUCUCGACUCCUCACACCGACAAAAAAAACAACCGUAAGCGGAAGGUACUGGCCACAGGAUGGCGGUGAGCAACAUCGUGUGCGAGUGGUUGCGCGCCCUCGGGCUGGGCCAGUACGCGGAAAGCUUCCUCGACAAUGGGUACGACGAUCUGGAGAUCUGCAAGCAGGUCGGCGAUCCCGAUCUGGACGCGAUCGGCGUACAGAAUCCGGCCCACCGGAGCAAGCUGCUCAAGAGCGUGCGGCUGCUGCGCGAGAAGGGUGCGGCCAGCGUCUACUUUCAGCUGAACGACCCGAAAUCGCUGCUCUCCGACAACAGUGACAGUCUGGAGCGGGACAGCUCGCCGCUGAUGCUGAGCGAGCUGGAGGCGCUGCUGCAGGAGCAACUCAAGGCGGACGGCGUUUGUCUGACGGCACAUCCGUACUCGACACCGGACGGUGCACGGGGCCACCUGGAGGGUCUGGCAUCGGUGUACUGCGAAAUGCUGCUGGCCCCGUUUGGCGAGGUCCUGUCGGCGCUGGAGGAGGCACGGCAGCGCGCCUGGUCGGAGCGAAGUCCCCACAGUUCGUCCGGAGGUGGUGGCUUGAUACGGGGACAUCGAGGCAAUUCGUGCCACGGCGGGCUUCCGAACAGCCACAGCCAGCCAAUUUACGUGCCCGGCAAGUAUUCGCCCUCGAGCUGUUUGUCCGAUAAGGAGGAGGACGAAAUUUAUGGGUUCGGGUACGGUGUGUUCGCUCCCAGGGUGGCUAGAACAACCCUCCAGUCACAGCAAGCCCAGCCAGGGCAGCAGCAACAGCAGCAGCAGCAACAGCAGCAACAGCAACAGCAGCAGCAACAACAGCAGCAGCAGCCACAACAAUCACAAACCUCCGCCAACGUACCUGCCAACAGUGCUGCUGUACAGCAAAGCUGCCUCAGCCCACGCUCAGCGUACUUCUACGAAUUUCCACCGACGGAUGGUCGAGAAACAAGCAAAAAGCGGACAACGUUGGCGAGGCUCUUGAGAGGACUAAAGACUGUAAAUAGGCGUGAUAGAUCGAAUCAAAACACCACCGGCGGCACUGCAACGCAGUCAAGGUCACAGAACGAAAGACUGAGACACUUCCAAAUGAAUGGCGGUGGACCGCAGCCAAGUUUCGAGGAAACCAUACAGAGGCUAAAAAUACAGGAAGCGCUACGGAAGAAGGAAAAGUUUCAACGCGAACACGAAGAGAUACUCCGAGACAUUCGGCAAGGACUGCUGCAGCUAAGCAGGGACUCGAGAGACGACACGUACAUGUACGAUGAUGCGGUAACGAAUGUGAUGCGAAUGCCCCAUCACCAGGGUCACUGGUACGAUGAACCACCGUACGAGAGCGAUCCGGACGACUUCCUAAUGUCCGGCAUGCGACAGAUCGGUGCUGCCGGCUAUGCAGGCGACGGUGGAGGAGGCGGCGAUGGUGGCGGAGGUCCCAGUGCUACCAUACAGGGUGGCCGCGUCUGCUACACCACGAACGGGAGGGAAGGCCCACAGAGUGUGAUAUCGUUGAGGUCCGCGGGUGAUAUUUCCAUACCGCAGCGGGGUCCCCGGCGGGGCCUGAUCGUACCCCAGCAGCCACCGAACCCUCCAACCAUCAUACCCCUCAAACAUGCCCGAUCGCACGAUCGGGAAAGUGGAGAUUAUGCCGGUUCAAUAUCGGAUCUACACAGUGUUACCUCCCGGCUGAGUCAGGUUUCGAUCGGAAUGAAUAACUGCACCGCCCGCUACCGAACGCUCAGUGCGGGUCUGGGCGACGAAUCUCCAUCGCCAUCGCCCACCCCAUCGUCCGAGUACGAUGACAUCCUGCAAGCGAACGCCCUGCAGCUUCAGAAGCAUCUGCACCACCAUCAACAGCUGAAGCGGUUGGACGGUGGUAUGGUCGGCCCGGGGCAACCGGGGUCAACAUCCGGUCUCAUCGGCAGUGCGGCAUCGUGCUUGGUUGGACCGGCUGGAUCGUCCGCUGCGGUGGCAGCAGCAGCGCCCGUUGGUAACAGCUCGGUGGGCAACACGUCCGGCACAGUCGGUGGUAGCAUAGCGCUCGCUUCCGGUGGUGCAUCCGGUGCCAAUCUGCCGUCGGUGCUCGGCGGUACCGGGGGUGCCGGAACGGAUAUCAGCAGUGCAAGCACGAGCAACAGUACCGCCACCACCGGCGGCAGCAGCGGCAACAGUAGCAGCAGUGCCAGCAGCAACAACAGCACCAGUACAAAGAACACCGUCAACAAUCUGAAAAGCCUGAAGGCGGCCAAAAACCGGAACAAUCUAACGUCCUCACUGGCGGCGGCUUCGGCCGCGUCGUCGGCGGCGGCGGUCUCGCACAACAAUAAAAAUUUAAGCAUAAGUCAACAGAUAGCUUUAGUACAUCACUCCAAUGACGCUCGAACAUCGCCAAAAGAUCAUCUGCUGUACGGGGGAAAGGACCGUAGCAAUCGUGACUACAGCAACUGCUUGGAUAGCAUCAGUGACCAAACCUUCCAGCAUUCGGCCAGCUCGGUCGAGAGUUUGCCAAGUGCAUCCGGGUCAAGCACACAAGCGCUGGUUCGGCCUGGCAGCCCGCACAGUUCCCUCUCGGCGGAGGAUCGCACCACGAUGCUGCCGAUCUGUAGGGCGAUCGCACUCGUCGACAGUUGCCCGAGCCCGUACGACAAGGAAGCGUUACGGUUUAAGAAAGGGGACAUAAUCGACGUACUGUCGAUGAACGCGUCCGGCGUUUGGCGAGGCUACGCGAACGGUCGAUUGGGUCACUUCAAGUUCAUUAGCGUUGAGGUGCUGCCCGAUCUGCCCACGACCGGGCUGAAGGGAUACGGUGGCAAGCUGGUGAGCCGGCAUCGGUUGCCUACGAGCUGCCCGACAAGCGUCGAGGAGCUGCUGCUCCGAAUCGGCCUCAAGGAGUACACAUCCGUAUUCGUGCUCAAUGGGUAUGAGGAUCUGGAGCUGUUCAAGGAGCUGGAACCGUCCGAUUUAGACUAUCUUGGCAUUGGCAACACGGAGCAUCGGGCGAAGAUACUCGCCGCCGUUCAGCUGCUGCACGACCUGGACUCAACGUCCGAUGGCGAUGUGGCCGGGUCGAGCUCGGAAAAUGAUGAAGGCUUGCGGUUGAAUCACGUCGGCGGUCUCGGUGGCAGUGGCGUUGGCAGCGGCAAUGGUAGCAACGGCGGUGGUGGAGACCACCAAACGUCUCCAUUCGGCCGACGGCAUUUUACCCGCGACUCCGGCUGCUACGAAGGCUCGCCGGUACCGUCGUCGCAAGGUUCGCACAAUUCCCAUUCCUACCAGCAGCAGCUGCAUCAUCUUCAACAGCAGCACCAGCAGCAGCUACAAUCGCACAACAACGGCCAACCGUUGCAGCCGUUGCAGCAGCAGCAGCAGCAGCAACCGCACGGCAACAUGGCCACGCUAAUGGGCACGCAUCAUCAUCACCUUCACCACCAUCACCUGUCCGACAAUGAGACGAACAAUCUCGAUUCGGUGGUGGCCCAGUGCUCGAACGAGAUACUGAAGCGUGUCGAGUCGGCCCGGCGCUACAACGGUACGACCGAGCGCGGCUCGUCCAAAACGAUGAACAGCAGGACGAUGGCAAAGAAGGGCGGCUUGCUGGGCGGUGGUGGCAGCGAUGGUAGCGGUGGCAUGGUAAUGGUGGGCGGUGGCGGUGUUACCGGCGGCAGCAGCGGGGGGGCACUGAGUGAAAAGUCAAGCGACUCGGGUGUUAGCAGCAGCAGCCUUUCGUCCGGACCGGCCAAGGGUAGCGGCGGCCUCUAGCGGCCAGUCCGUGCCGCUAUGAUGACCACGUACGAAGAUGCGACUGUGCGGAUGCUUUCGUGCUGUCCUUCGUUGCUACCGCCGGACCUGUUCGAAGGAGCGGAACGAGGUCUGGCGUCCGACAUCGAGCGGUAAGUGGGAUGAGGUGUGUUCGAGUUGACAGGCAUCGGUAUCGUUCCACCGGCCAAAGUAGGCUGUAUCCUUUUCCGUUGCUGUGUGUAUAUGCAAAGCAACACGCAGCGUAACGCGCACAAUCUUAGUUCUAGCAGUGUGUAUACUACCAUAAGUUUCAACCAAGAAAAUGCAUCGCCGAGCGAAGAAUCCGUGCAGUGAUUUAAUGGGAACAUAAAUUCACACAUUCUCUUCCUACCGUUGAGGCUUCCCAUCCACAUGCUCCACACUGCCCAAAGAAGUGUACAGGAAAAGGGGGAGUGAAGCGAGGGCGAUGGUCGUAACGUGAUGAUGAGCGACAGCUUCAAUCAGCAAACGAGCUAGUGAAUAGGACGAAAAGGACUGUGGAACACCCACCACGUGGAGAACCCCCAGUGUGAUGUGUGAUGAACGUGUUAGAGUGGAAAAGGGACACGCGAUAGUGCGUUCGCUGCGUGCAAAGGCAAUGCGCUAUGAGAGUGCGUGAGUGCGGACAGGUUGGGCGGCACUGGACCGAGUGUAGGCACCGGAUUGUGUGUGUGUGUGUGUAUAUAUGUAUGCGUGUGCCAGGCUCGAUAUAUUGUGAUUUGUGAUUGUUAUUGAUGGUUGUUGACGUGCGCGAAUGUGUAUGAAAUACGAAAUAAAAUCAACCCGGAACCGGAAUAAAACGGUCGUGUGGCGGCUAGUAGGUAUGUGACGAGUAAGCGAAUGGGGGAUGGCGGGAUGGGAAUGGAAAUUUUGUGAUAUUUUUGACAAACGGAACCAGACAAACGAACUAACGCGGUAGCAGAACCAGCAUGAAAAGAACAGUCAGCACCAAUGCAAUAGCAUUAUUACAUUAAGGGAGCGCGGACGGAGCAGAAUAAUUGCAAAACAGACAACAAGCGAACAGGCCAACAAAUGCAGAUAGAAGCUGAAAUAGAAAAUAUUGGUAGGUGGGGGUACUGGAGGGGUUGUUGAGUGCGGACGCGACUAGGGUAAAAAAGAAACCAAGAGAAACUAUUCAUUACUACUAGCACGAUUACGCACGUUUUCUAGUUAGGGUUUUGUUGAUAUUAGUUUAUGUGUUAGCUGAUCACUGAUUGCUGUUAUUCAUACGUUGAUUUAAAGCGUAAUAGUGCUUGCACGCAACGGUUUGCGAGGGCAUUCUUUAUGUAUUUCGGAUCGUGGGACGGUUUAUUGAAACAUGCAACAACAACAACAA